AUGGAUGCUGACUCGCUAUUUGAGGGACAGAAAUCGGUGAAACUACCAGCAAUUGCUCAUGAUGAUCCUUUUGUUAAAGUAGUGAAGACUUUAUCGAUAUACUUCGUCGAUGAAAUUGUCCUGCCUUCAACCUUUGACCAAUUGCGUACGACGUCGGCGGGCAAUAGGAUAAGAAUACUUGUUGAACAUCUCGUCGAAAAUGUUACCAAUCCUGCAAUUAUAAAUGCGAUCUUAACACUAAAAUGGCACUUCUCUACUCUAGAUGUUGAUGACCGCGGAAUCAACGAAACUCGAGCAAGCGCAUGUGAAAUAGUAGCAUGGAGAUUUUUGAGCCGUAUAUCAGAACGAGACGCAGUUAGCUUUUGCUUGUAUGAACUACCUCUACCUACCCUUCAGCGAAUGGAAGGAGCAGAGGAAAGUCAAACUACGGAACAUUCUACUUUAUUGCCACAGUUCAGAGAACGGGAUUCACCUCCUGGUACUCGACCACCUAGCCAGAACAAAAAAACCGAAUUAUUGCGGUCAAUAGGGACUUUCUUCACUCAUAAUGAUAUGGACGAUGAUGAGGAUGAUCCAACAUCUUCUUUUACUGGAUUAAAUGGUCUUGAAAUUGCAGCAGUAGCUGAUUGCAAGAAAUUCCUCAGUCAGAGAAUUGUUCAAAAGAUUAUAACGGGGAUUUGGAAAGGGGAUAUUACUUUUUGGGAAACUCUAAGCGAACAUACACAAAAGAAAGCUCAAUUUUACAACAGAAGGAAGUCAGAUCCAUUUUCGAGAUUGCGAGUGCCGAGAUACAUCAAGGCAUUUGAGGUUUUAUUUUUUGCUUCUUUCUUGUUUUUGUACUAUGCAGUUCUUGUUGAACGAAAUCCAUAUCAAAUUACUGCGCUUGAGGUUCUCCUCUACGUUUGGUUUGCUGCUUUUGCUUAUGAUGAACUUGGAGAGUUCAUAGAUGCAGGGUGUAAUUGGCUUAACGAAGGAUAG